AGUUUCAGUGGUGUGGGUGUAUCCACUUAUAACACUGAAGGAGGGCAUUGAAGGCAGCUGGGCAGAGUAGAAGCAACUCAGAACAGCAGGAUUAGAAUUCAGCAUUUAAAAUUGACAGUUAAACACACGGAGAGAGAGAGACAGAUCGAAAACCAGAGAACAAAAGCUUGUCUUAAUCAUAAGACAGCAUGGACAGCAUCAACAAUAUUAAAUUUUUCCCAUUUUCCAACGAGAAUGAUGAAGACAUAGAUCCUGAUGACUGGGUGCCUCCGAAUGCUGCUCUUAUUAAAAAAAUGGUCUCACAGAUUGAACACUACCUCUCUGAUGAAAACUUGGCUAAAGACGCUUUUCUUUUAAAACAUGUGAGAAGGAAUAAGAUGGGUUACGUCAACAUCAAGCUGCUGACAUCUUUUAAAAAGAUGAAGCAUUUGACGAAAGACUGGCGGGUCACGGCUUAUGCCCUACAUCACUCUUCAAAACUGGAGGUAAAUGAGGAAGGAAACAAGGUGCGUAGAAAAGAUCCUGUACCAGACUCUGUUCUUGCACAGGUGCCAAGUAAGCUUCUGCUGGUCUGGAACAUCACAGAUUCUCCAGCAGCCGAGGACACAUCAGUUCCUCACAGAAGCACAAUGGAGAUGGCUAUAGCAAUGCUAGAACCGUUCGGAAGCAUCACUACAGUACGAGUCAACCGGCCAGGUAGAGAGCUUCCACCAGAGAUUCAGAAGUAUGGGGACAAGUACCCCGAGCUCCUCAAAGAGGAGAGUGUACUGGUGGAGUUUGAGGAUUUGGAAGGGGCUGGUAGUGCUUACCACCAUCUCUCACAAUCUGAUAUCAGCUUUAGGGUUCUUUUAGUGGGGAGAGCAUCCAAGAAGAAGGUCAUGGAGGCAGACAGAAGGAAUGGUAAGCGUGUCUCCGUCUUGAACAGGCGCAUGGAGCAGUUGCAGUCCCGUGGUGAAGAUUCAUCAGCCUGUAGCUCUUCAGAAUCAGAGUUUGCCUCUUCCUCACCUCUGCACAUCCCUCGCUUUGCAUCUGGACAGCUGUGCAGCAGCCCGCACUCCAGCCCAAGAUCAGCCUACAUGACUCAGCCUGGCCAUCGGGUCUCGUCGCUCUUGGCCUCUGAGGUCUGGGGAAGUCCAGACACCAGUCCUGAAAUGGGACGUCGCCACAACUUCCAGGACCAUUCACCAGACUGCGGCAAUUCCCCUUCCAGAAGCCCCUGGGUCCAAAAGCGCAAACUGGCUGCCAUCCAAAUCCCAUCUUCGGAGGGAAACUCCAAACACAGCCAGACGAAUGGAAGACGAGUCCUAAACGGGGACACGGUGCCACCUGGGGUGCUUCGCUUGCCUUACGGUCCAGAUGGAAGCAAAGGCUUUCAUAUCAUCAUAGCUAGAAGAAGACUUCAGCAGUCUAUGAAAAUAUAAAAAGGGACAGUUAUAGAAAUGAUCCAGCUGUGAAGUUUUCAGCAGUGAUUAAAUGGGUCCGUAUCAGAAUACUGUGCCUUUUGGCAUCUCAUAUCUUUCAAAAAAUAUUUUGAUUGUCAUAUUUAUAAUCUUUAGACUGCACAUAAAUCAUAUUUUGCCAGCUUAAUAGUUUGAGUUGUUUUACAGACACAGAGCUAUAGGGAAUUAUGUUUACAGAACAGUUUGCAGCUGUUAAUAACAAUACAAAACCUAGUUAAACUGGUAGCUAGAUAGCUAGCUAACUAGGAAAUACACAAUACAUGUGGCUGAAUUUAUCAAGCAACUGGUUAGCUGAAACUGUAGGAGUUCACAAGGUCAAAUGGCUCGUUGGUCAAAGCUAGCUUGCUGGCUAGUUGCCUGCCUUUUGGGUUGUGUGGGCGGGCUGGCACUUUAGCCCCUAAGCCUGGUCGCCGGCAUCGCUAACGGUGCUAGCCCGAUGUUUCAAGCAAGUUCGCCACUGUCAGUAUUAAUGCUAGUACGAUGCUAGAUAGCAUAGAUAGAUAGUUGAUAGAUAGUUGAUUUGAAAUGAUUUAAGACACUUAUUUGUGUGUUAACAAAUGUUUAUAAAUGUAUAUGAUGAACUACAACCUGCUGAAGAAGUUUUAUGUCAGUAGUAACAUUAUUCAGAUGUGGUAGUAUCGUAAAUUUUUAUUCUUAUUCAUUUUACAGUAAAAACAGCUUAAUUUUACUUACUGGAGAAACAUAUUUCAAAGGCAUGUAGUGAAGC